CUUUUUAGAGCUGACUCUCUAUAUUCCUUCCUCAAGCCUCAGCUUACACAACACACUCUAAGCUAUCUUUCAUUUCCUUCCUCUCCACUUCCAUCAACUUUCUCUCUCUCUCUUCUCUCACAUGGCAACAAAACCAGCUGAAGAACCUCCUGGAUCCUUGAAAUACCAGACAUGGGUGUUGAAAGUCUCGAUUCAUUGUGAAGGCUGCAAAAGGAAAGUCAAGAAAGUUCUUCAAAGCAUUGAAGGGGUUUACACUAUUGCGAUUGAUUCUCAGCAGCACAAGGUCACAGUGACUGGCAACGUGGGGGCAGAGACCUUACUCAAGAAGCUGUUGAAGUCGGGCAAGCACGCCGAGCUCUGGCCAGAACCUAAGAAGGGGAAGAAGUCCAAGAAGAAGAAAGAUAAUGGGGAAGCAGAUGGUGAGAAUGGUGAUGAAGCGAAAAAUUCUGCUGAGAAAAACCAACAAGCUGAUGAAAAUGGUGGUGAUGAUGCUGAUGAUGAUGACGGUGAGUCAGACAAAGAGGAUGGGAAUCAAAACAAUGAAGCUGGUGGAGAACAAAGUGCUGGUGCUGGUGCUUCAACUGGAGCCAAAAAGAAGAAGAAGAAAAAGAAGAAGAAAGCGCAAAACGGGAAUCCUCCUAAUGCUGGCACUGGUAUCCCCAGUGAGCAUUUAGGUGAUGCUCAUCCGGCGGGUGCUAAUGGGCCGCCUAUGGUUGGUCCAGACAUUUCUCACCCAAUGGCUGCCAUGAAUCUCGGCCCACCGAUCCAACAUGUAUACCCGGGUCCAUACCCGCCACCGAUGUAUUAUCAGCCUCCGGCCGCAUAUGGUCUAAGUUACAGUACGACGUAUCCGAGCUCAAGUGCUUCAUAUUUUACCCCUGCUAUGCAUGAAAACACGUACUAUCACCCGGACAUCUACUCGCCCUCUGAUCCUGUUGAUUCGUUUACGGACGAUGAUGAAGAAAGUGGCUGCUACAUUAUGUGAAAAUGUUGGGCAAUAUUAAGAGUAUCUAUAGUGUGUUGUGAGGAAAGGGGAGGCUUAACUUUGUACAAUGUACUGGUUAAGGUAUGAAAUGGUUGAGCUUAGUGUAUUUAGGAUUAGGGGGAAAAUAACAAGGGCUUGUAAUGGGUUUGGUCUCUUAUGUAUUAGUUGUUUAGCUAUUUUUGCACUACUUUGUGUUUGACCAGCCAAUAGAAUAGCCUUGUAAUGUAUUUUGCUAUUUGUAGGACCUAAAAAAUCUUCUUUUGCUCUCAAA